AUGUCCUGGUCGCCAUUGGGAAGGCCGGUUCGAGUUGGGCUCUUCGAGCACGAUCCUGACGCUUUCAAUUGCUUCCGAGUCAUGCCUAGACAGGUUUUUUCGCUGUAUAUUCGAAAUUUCAACCGAUUAUCUACCAGCCAUGCCAAAAACCAGGAGCCGAAAUGGAAAUCAUCGCAAUGGUAAUGAAGAUUCUCGACUGGCAGUGGGAAGUUGUAAGUCAUCAAAAUUUUCCGGAUAAAACGUUCUAACAAUUAGAUUGACACUGAACAAGAGUUCGACGUGGUCAACGACUUCGGCAAUCCACUGCCUGAUGGAAAUUUCAGAUAAGCUUCUUCUUUUUUAUUCUGUGAAAAGAAACAUUUUGUUUAACUGGGAUCAUGGGUCUCUUGGCAGAAGACAAAAUUGACAUGGGCGGUCUUUCAAUGAGGAUAACACCAGAACGAAUGAAAGCUGCUCAUUUUACGUUUCCAAUUAGAUAUUUCCAAGUUUGAUUAUUUAUCUUAUUCGACAGAUAAACUGAGGUUAAGCAAGUCUACAUCGUAAAACGGCCACCGGAAAACGAUUUCAGGAACUUCAUCUUCGCUACUUUCACUACAGAAGUGAGUUUUCCAAAAUAAAUUUUUGAUUCGACGUAGGAAAAUUCAAUUCCUGAUUUGAGUUGUGGAUGGUUAUUCUGUCGACGAUCAUUGUCGUUUCCCUGAUGCGAUUUUUUUGCGCCUUGUACUGGGAUUCUCGUGUCGGAACACGUUUGAACAUCUACACGAGCAGCGUCUUGGUUGACAUCAUGCCCAAACAGAAAUGAAACGGGAAAUUCAGGAAACUUUCGGGAUAAUAUUAAAGCAACGAGUGCAAGACCCCACCGCCGCCUCAACUAUGGUUUUUUUCUCUCAAAUUUCGAUUUUUUUUUUUUUGCAAUUCAUUUUUUUCAGCUUUUGGAAGGAUUUCUCAUUUUGGGGAUGAUGGUGAUCACUCAGUACUAUCAGACCUCCAUGAAUUCUAGAUUGACAGCUCCUCCAACUUCCAAAGUUCCGUUCCUACAUCAAAAUCAACUCAUUGGUUAGCUAUACUCUGUUCAAAGCCUUAUUCAUGUGAUUAAGACUUGUUGGAGAAGCGGAAGACCUAUCUGACGUACUACGUUAACUUGACGUUGGAAGGAUCAAGUGAGCAGAACGCAAAUAGAAUCGAUCGAGUGCUACGUUACAACCCUAUAGUGACAAGAUCGAAAGAGAGCGACCUCAUCAGGGAAAUGAAGUUGGUUCGAAAAUAACAUUCAGAGAAAGAAGUUAUGAAAAGGAUAACUUCUCAUUGUGAUCAGGAAAGGAGGCGUCUUCUAUUCUACCUACGACAUCGAGUUCGUGCCGCAGCCAGUGAGCAGCUGGGACAAAAAACAAGGUCUGACGGUUAUUCGCGACACGACUGGAAUCGUCAGCUAUGUGGCUUUUGGGUUCAGCAUCAGCAACAGGAAACUUUGCCAAUUGUGAAGAACUUUUGUAGCUCAAGAACUUAUUCCCAUUUAAGAUUCAACAAAGCUCUUCUGAAAAUACUUCCCGGCGUGCCCCAAAUAACCUUGGGACCAGGAUACGGAACCAAGAAACCAGCCGAAGACAUUAAUAUACAGGUAAAUCAGAGAGUCAAAAGCUACUAAACACACUAUUCAGGUGAAAAGAACGACUCUCAGCCUAAAACGGCAUUUGGAACAACUUUUUUUCAUCUUUACGGUUUCACUCGCCAUUUGCAUCGUUGUUUUUAUUUUUGAAAUAAGCUCCUAUAAGUUAGACAAGUGGAAGAAACGCGAGGUUUGGCUCAUAAAAAUUUUCAGAACUAAAAUACAUUUUCAGGUUUACAAUGUUACUCGUUCUGCCUCAGUGGUUACGCAACAAACUACAUACAUACAAUUCGAGCAAUAGACCUUAUCUAAUCAUACAAAUGGCAUAAAUAUUUUUGCAUUCAUUGGGAAAAAUUUUUUAAAAAAGAUGUCGAAAUUUUACAAAUUUCUCAAAAUUAAGUUGCCGAAAGUACUUUGAACACGACGUACAGGCUUUGAAAUGAACGUGAUUUACGAAAUCUGAUAAAACUCGUUUAAAAAAAUUUGAAAAUGGGAAACAAUUAUUUUAAAUAAGAAACGUUGAAACCAAGCGUUGAAUGCAAAAAGAUUGCGCCCUUAUUGCAGAAGUGAAACUGCGCCAUUUAGUGACCACUCAAGGGUAACUUCAGCCUCUUCAGUACUAACUAUUUUGGCAAGAUCUUCAAAUUUGCUUUUACAUUUAUUUAUUUGUUGGUGAGCUAUUAAUCUUGCUUGUCGUUUGAAGUUAACAAUCUCCUUUAUUAUUAUAAUAUGUGUCUUCACCUCCUUAUGACGUGUUCAAUGAAGAAUUAUAAAGUCUUCGAAGUUAAAUUGAAUAUUCAUUCAAACUUCUAUCAAAUAAUCCAAAAGAUCGGCCGCAAGAACGUUUGUUUUGAACUUUAAUGAUUUAGGAUCAUUGAACACUAUCAAAUAUAGAGAUUUUCAGUAGCGUUUAUUCUUAUUCGGUUUUAAGUAUAUAUGUAAAAAAAAACAAUUUAUUAGUUUUGCUCCAAAAAAUAUGUUUUUUGUUCGUUUGAGACCUCAAUUUUUUUCAAUUUUUUUCAUUUGCCUUAUUUAUGGAAAAAAAUCAGAGUUUUACAAUAAUGUGAAUUAAUGGAACUUUGCUCUUUUUUUCCUUCGCUAACGCUUUUCAUUUAUUUUUUCCAUUCCUAUCCUGGUGUGGUUUCAUGAAAAUUUGCGAACUGUUUUUUUUCUCAGGAAAUGCCCGAUAUCGAAAUGAAAGAUGUUAGUGCGGAAGACGCAUCGGAGUCCGUUCAGCCGUUUCCGACUCUAAAUAUUCUCCAGGUUCAUUUUUUUUGACCGAAAAAAUAUCAAUUAUUUUGAUUUUUUAGGUUGUCAGAGAUGCCCAGCAACAGCACGGUCUCCGACACGGCGACUACCAGCGCUACAGGUACAACUCUCUAAGAAAAAUAAGUUUUGGAAAACUGAUAUUCCAGAAAAUACUGUGCUGCCAAGUUGGAAAGGCUGAGGAAAGCGUUGAAGUUCACGAAUCAACACACUUGCGUACGCAAAAGGAAAGCGAAGUUUGUGAAACGCUGGGUUUCCGAAGAAGCUCUGAAAGAUCCGCAGUAAGUUUCUUCAAGAUAUACUUUUAUUUUUGUGUUUUCUUCAAGGGAAAUUUUUAAAUGGUCAGUAACAGAUACUGAAAAAUCAGCUUUUUGUGUGUUUCAGAACUUAUCGAAUUCCCCAAAAACAUUUCAGAUAAUUUUAAACGCAUUAAUGUAAUCUCUUCUGUAGAUUUCUUCUGAUCGGCAUCUUCGAAGCAGAACGAAGAUGGGCCCUCGCCAUGACUGAGAAGGUUCGAUAGAGUUAUCGAUUGAGUUUGAGUAAAGUUUUCAGAUGGCUAUGGAAGAUGACGAGCACAAACAGAGGAAGAAAUUUUCCAUGGUGAACAGUUUGAGACGAGCCGUUCUCCAUGCAACUCACCUCGAAAGUCUCAUUAUCAACAGCUCCAAGGUCGUCUUAAUGCCAAGAAGAAGGAUUCCAACGAUGUUUUCAGUGCGACGCGCCGACCAAACUCGAGUCUCAAGCCUACGCGGCGUGGAUGCGAGGAAUGUGCGCUUUCGAGUCGCGCGACUGGAUCAACGCCAGCGAAGCUCUCAAGUUGGCUCGAAACGUCUACGAAAAGCUCGCCGACGCCACCAACAACACCACCCUCACUAAUCUUUACAAAGCAAAGUUUGUAUUUCUCUGUCAAUCCAGUGAACUCUUCUUUGUUUUGAAGAUGUCGCGAAAUCCAACCGCAGCUCCGUCUCUGCGAAUUCAACUGCGCCGACACGCCUGGCGCUGUUGGAACCAUGAGUGAACUGAUGGAAAUCCGCAUGCAGAUUGGAGAAGGCGCCACUAGCGUUGAUGUGAGUGAUUCACUUCUCUUGAAGAAAAUUACGAGAAAGUGUGGAACAGACUGUUCCCUCCAUAAAUUAGGGAGAUCUGCACGACCACACUUCCCCUCUAAACUGAAAGGAAGAUUGGAAUUUUCCAAAAAUCAUAAUUCAAUUCUUAAGUCCCAAUAAGAAAUUAAUUUGUUUCUCGAAGGGAGAUAAUUAAAAAUCAAAGUUUACAUUGCUGUGCUAGCCAAAAAAUAUUUAAAACAUACACCAUAAUCAGGAACACUUGAGAGCUUUUUUUCAAUUUUAUAAUUUUGCAGAAGCUCAUAUCGGAGAUGCGAUCAUCGGCCGGUGGGGCUGAAGUCGUGACAAUUGAGUGGGGAGGAAUGAAGAGCUCCGUGGACGUCGAAAAGGCUCGGGCCGUGAUCCAAGGCUGGCGACAGGCCGACGGAGAGUUGAAACAGUGCAAUAGCCCCAAAGAAAAGGUCAUUUCGGUGUUAAAACUUGAUCUCAAUCCCUGUUUAGAUGGCUCUGUACGAAAAGCAACUGUCGGACACUCGCGACGCCAUCGACCAAAUAUCCGAUGCGAUCCGCAAAAAAGCCACCGAAAAUUCGGAUUCUACUGUAUGUUUUCGUGGCCAUUUUGUAGUUGAUUGAGUUCUUCAGGUUCUGCAAUCGAUCAAGUCCUACCUGGAGUUCUUGAAGAUGAAUGGUACGGCUUCGCGUUACCUCGCAAUCAUCGAAAACACAAAGUAUGAACAUUUAUUGACUUCGAUAGAGUUAGAUAGUUUAUUCACUGCCAUUAUUUAACAUAAAAAAAAAUAAUAAUUGAAGAAUAGAUGAUCAAGUGAAGGAAUAGGCAGAGAAAUAACAAUACACGGGAAAGAGUCAACCCCAACGAGUUGACGGGUACCCGGAAAUAUGGCAAAUUCACAGGAGACGAGGGGGAUAUUUUCAUGAAAGGCUUCAAACGGAAGAGCAUUCAACUUUUUUUACGCAGAGUUUCUGGGGGUAACGUUAAAAAUCUAAAUAAGAAGUUAGUUUAUUCCAAAGAGGAAUAGUUCUAGAAAAAAAGUCAUUAGAAAACUGACCAGUAGUCCGUAGUCGAAGUGGAUUCCUCUGUAAAAAGGAUAAAGAGAAGAAUUUAUUACGGUCGAGAAAAAUGAUCAGAGCCACAGAUGAUUUUUAUGCAAGGUGAUAAUGUCACAAAUUUCACGACGAAUGAAUAACGGUUUGAUGUUAAAUUGACUAAGGCGAUCUGAGUAAGAAGUGAAACUAACAUUACAACGAAUGAAAAACUUUCCGACUAAAGAGACGGAGUGAAGAUUCGAGUUCGUGAGUUUCAUCAGAGGAAAUGGCGGGUGAGAAAAAGCUCGGAGCAAUAUUCAAGGACUGGAUUAACGUAGGUUUGAAACAUACGGAAGUAGUUAAAAAGGUGAAGAGAACUUGAAGGUAUUCAGUAUUUGAUUAGAACGUAAGGUGGCAAAAGCAGCAAUACGGCUGAUGUGUUGUUUAAAGGAAAGCUUGUCAUCGAUAAAUAAACCAAGGUCACGUACUAUGGAGCUUUGAGGAACUUCUAGGAGGUCAACAUAGUAAAGGGUGCGAGGAAUAAGAUUUAUUAUUUUAUACUUUGUCGAAUAAUAUUCAUUAAUCUUGAAGGUCGGAAAAGAAGGUCAAACCCCAAGAUUUGUUGCGGUUAUACGACUCUGUCAUUGAAAUCUACAAGGAGGUGACCUCAAAAUCAGGGCUCGUGAUAGUUUUUCCUUAUUAGGUUGCGGAAGUGCCCGGCGCAGAACACGAUAAAUCGCUGAUUCAAGCUUUUGCGGCCAAGGUGGAGUAUUAUCGAGCGUACAGGUGGGGAACACUUUUUGUAAUACGGCUGAUGUUGAUCUCAGAUGUUUCUACAUGGCUUCAUCCUACGCGGCUCUCAACCGCCACGUCGAGGCAUCGGCUCUCUUUGAGAGGGCUCUGUCUCGCGUCGACCAGGCCGCCAACGACAUCAAGAAACUCAAGUCGAACGCUUAUCUCAGCGAGGAGACUCAGGUGACGACCCAAAUGAUGUCUUUUUUCUUUAACUAGGUGUUCAAAGAUAGAUAUAUUUUUACAAGUUGAUAGUGUCUCUUCAUAUGUUGUUCUGUACACUAUAUCUGUACAUACACUGCUCCACAUAAUUAUAUAUCCACCUGAGAUUUUUCGAAAAAUCGAAUAUUUUGAGAGUUUCUGAAAAUCUUUUUGUUGUCAAAAGAUGGGAAUUUUGAUCAGAUUAAUAUAACUAUCAACAAAGUUCCUAUUGAAAAAUAAAUGUUUUUAAAAAUUUUAAUUUUUCAAAAAAACCGAGUUUUCCGUUCCACAUAAUUAUAUAUCCACCUAAGACUUUAAACUUUUUGAACCAUUUUUUCCGGUUUUUUGUAUCAGUUAUCAUUUUCUCAUCAUUUUUGUUUGAAAAUAAGAAGAAUAAGAGCAAAAAGGUUUUCCAAGAAGUUGAGGAACCUCGGAUUUAAUCAGAAAACGGUCGCGGUGCUGUUUUGUACUCCAGCUCAACAGUCAUCAAUGUGAGGGUUGAAUUUUCAUAAUCAGGGUAAACUCAGAAGUUUUGAAAAAGUUUAUCACAAAAAAUAUUCUUGAAUGGGCGUCAAAUUUUGGAAAAAAAUUUCAAAAACCGUGAGCGCCUUUGGCAAAGUUAUCAGUUUUUUCAACUUGAACUCGCUUUUCUAAGUCAUUGAGCGGAGAAAUUCUUCAUCUACAAUGGAACAAGGCUGAGGAAGAAAUCAGCAAUAGUUUAACUCAGAAAAAUCUGACAAAACAAAUCUCAAAGCUGAAAAAACUUCAGAGAAACAAGAGUCAAAAAAGGAUAUUUCGUGAUUUCGAUUUUGUUGACUUUCUGUUUAAUUUUCUUCGCUGAAUAAGGAUAAUCAUGGCUUAUUCAAUUUUUUUAAAAAACAAAAAAAUGUAACUGUAAUCUUUAAUCUUGAGUAGAAAAACAGUAAUUUAAAAAUUCGAAGAUUCAGAUUCCUAUGAAUUUGACUUGAAAGUCCCUUAGUUAUUUACCGAUUUCGGUGAAUCUUCUUUGCUAGAAGCAGGUUUUUUUGAUGAGACUAACUAAUCUUGAAGUUAAAAAAACAAUUUUUAUCUCAGAAAAAAAUAUUACAGAAAUGGUCCGAAGACAUUUUUAAGCUUUCUAUUUUUGGCAAAACCGCAAAAAAAUCAUAAAUGUUAUUGGAAAAACUCCCUCUUUUCAAUGCAAAAAAAUAUUUUACUGAAGUUUUUUGAACUUAAAUUGUUGCUCACAAGUACAAAGGUACUUGUGAAAUCAAAAAUAUUCACAUCAUAAUCGAUUCAAGAGUAGCUGAUGUAAUGAAGAGCAUCGCGACCGUUUUCUGAUUAAAUCCGAGGUUCCUCAACUUCUUGGAAAAACCUUUUUUUGCUCUUAUUCUUCUUAUUUUUCAAACAAAAAAAUGAUGAGAAAAAUGAUAACUGAUACAAAAAAACCGGAAAAAAAUGGUUCAAAAAAAGUUUAAAGUCUUAGGUGGAUAUAUAAUUAUGUGGAACGGAAAAACUCGGUUUUUUUGAAAAAAAUUAAAAAUUUUUUUAAAAAAACAUUUAUUUUUUUCAAUAGGAACUUUGUUGAUAGUUAUAUUAAUCUGAUCAAAAUUCCCAUCUUUUGACAACAAAAAAAGAUUUUUCAGAAACUCUCAAAAUAUUCGAUUUUUUUCGAAAAAAAUCUCAGGUGGAUAUAUAAUUAUGUGGAGCAGUGUAUAUAUGUAUAUAUCUGUAUCUGUUCACUGUUGGCAUCUCUCCGCGGCAAAACGCAAAAAAUCUGCGGAUGUAGAUGAGCAACGAACGCUUUUUUACCGAGUUACACCGAUCGGAUUAUCGCUUUUCUCAACGUUUAGCGCCGGUCUUCUUUUCGUGCACACACUGGUUCCAUUAACUUCCCGUUUCCACGUCUUCUCCCCACGGACCUACUGAUUUCUUUCUUUCUCUGUUUUCUCCUCUAAAAGCAGUCGCGGAAAGAUAUGACCUUUUCUCCUAUUCAUACACGUCAAUUUUUCGUUUAUUGAUAUUUUCUUUGCAGGAGGCACUUUCGGAUUUGAAGACGGAGAUUGGCCAGGCGAAGAUUGCGGCUCGGACUUCCCGUCUUACGCAAACUGCCGGAAACGCGGCCAACACACGGGAUUCGCAGCAACUGGCCAAGAAUAUCGACACGAGGGUAUGCGCAUUUUGACGGGAAUUGCUUGAGAAAUAUAUGAUUGAUUUUUUUUUUUGGAGUUUUUGAGCCUUUCUGGAUGAAGGAAUGUGAUGACGAUGUUUAUGAGCCAAAGGAGCGAAGCUGGGAAGUCCUCUUUUUUAGUUUCCUAUUCAUUUCAGUAUCAAGAAUUUCCUGCUAUUUAUUACUCAGAGUUUAUAGAUUGAUUCAUAUAAAAAUACUAGAGACUCCAGAAUUCAGAGCCUUUUUAUAAGGUGUUUUCUCAAGCAAACGUUUUAAAAUUGUUAAAAUUUAGCCUUUGGUUGAUACGCUGGACGAUUGGCGCGACUGGCAGAUCAAGGAUUCCCAAAGGGAAAAGCGCUCGAUUCCCGUCGCCAAAAUCCCGCCGACUUUCGUCCCGAUGCCCAAUAAACCAAUCUUUUUCGAUCUGGCCAACUUCCAUCUCAUGGUUCGCCCUUUCUUGUCAAAAAUAAACCAGAAAUAAAGAACAUGUCACGAGACAAUUGAUGGAGUUUCUGUUCUUUAUUCGUAAAUUUCUUUAAAAUGUGCCUUUCUGUUCAAUUUUCAAUUUUUUUUUUCCAGAUGCCCUCGUUGGAUGAUCGCUUGGCGCAACUCCAAAAAGACCUGGCCAAGUCCCCUGCUAAGGUUACUAAUUACUCAUGUUUCAAAAUAACUCAUUUCCUCUCAAUCCACAAUUUCUUUCGUUUCUCCUAACUUCUUCUUGAAUUUCCAUUUCUCAUCGAAUAGACUUGUCUUCAUUCUUAGUUCACUUAUUUUUUGCAGUCAAAGGCUUCCGGAGCGAAAGAUGGCCAAGAUGCAGAACAAGACAAGCAAGGACUUUCGGGGAUGGUCAAGGGCUGGUUCUGGGGCAAAAAAUAA